GGUGUGAUCUCUUGAGGUGGCAGACACGCGUGGUCAUUCAUCUGCGAGGUGAAAGGGAGACGACACAGUUGCACACCUUCCGCACAGCGCGGUAACCCUCGACGUCCGCCCAUUGUUCUCGUCGCGAAAACGGUAAUCAUCUUGCCGCGCAGGUGUACUAUCGGUGAGUCAAGACGCGUGAGCCCAAUCAGCGUCUCGGACGCGGGCCCGACGGAAGCUCAACACGUUCACCCAAACGAUCCACCGUAUAUUUACCCCAACGAUUCACGGCACGUUCACCCAAACAAUCGCGUAGCAAGCUGACGCAAACAGUCGCGCUGUGCACGAGGCGUAAACGAUCGUUGAGCACGGGACUUCAUCGGCCCUUCAAAUCUGGCAAGUCACGCCGGGUUGCUUUUUCCCUCUGACCAUCACCUUUUCCUCUGACCGCCAUCAUCUGGCUCGCCUCUUUUCUUCUCACUAUCGUCCUGCCAUGUCUUCGAGCUCGAUCAAUACCGCUGACGCGCACAUCUCGGUGCAGGCGAAGGAAAAUGAGCCCCUCUCCCCGAGCCUCACCUCCCUCAUCCUCGCCUACUACGAUCUCGCGGCGUCUGCGGGACAGUCCGCGAGCCAGGGCCCCGCAGGCGACGAGGACGACGAUAUGCCGCCCGAGUUGAUUGAUGUUUCGGACGAGGAGGUCAAGGCCCUGCAAGAGGAGCAGCUCAAGGCCAUGCAGGAUGGGAUGCCUCAGUUGUGCGACGCCCCCCAAAACGAUGAGCCGUCCAAGAUCUGCGAUGCUCAGGAGGACGAAGAGUCCCUGUUCGUUCCCCGCACCUCCAUCGCUGAGAACUCCUCGGCCGAUGUCGCUGGCGUUGAGGGCGCCGUCGCUGGCGUCGAGGGUAUUGCCGCCAUCGAGGCUACUGGCGCCGACGAGAACACCGCCCCCACCUACCUCAACGACACCGACGCCGAGUCCGACUGGGACGACGCCAUCCACGGCGGCAUGCGCAACCUGUCGAAGGGAAAGGCGCCCACCAAUCCUCUCCCCCCCCUCCUUGCCGCUCCCCUUGGCGAUAGUGCAGUCGGCAAUGGCGCCGCUCGCAGCCCCCUAGGCGCCAGCGCCGCGAACCUCGCCUUCGGCGCCAGCGGCGCGAACCUCACCUUCGGCGCCAGCGCCAACCUCCCCCUGAGCGCGAAUCUGCCCCUGCUCACCACCGCCAUCGCCAACGUCGCCCCCAGCUCCCUCUUCUCCAUCGCCGUCGACGCCGCCGCCGCUCGCGACCCCAUCCCCCUCCUCGCUGCGCUCGCGCCGCCGAUGCCGGCCUUCUUUGUGCACAGUGCGACGCCGCAGGCGGCGCCGGUGAGGCGCAAGCGGGGGUCGCAGAAGUAG